GACUAGUGGGAGCAGCAGAUAAGACAGGUAGAUAAGAGCUAGCUACAGGGUUGGCCUGCUGUGUUCUGACUGGAGGGUUGUGAAAGUGUGGGCGCCCUAACGCUGCGUGGAAUGCGCCCAGAGCGUGUUGGGACUUGAACUUCCGCAUCAGACGCCUGCAACAAAUGAACACACAUACACACACACACACACACACACACACACAGAGACACACACACUUACACACACAAACACACACAGUUGGUCGCAUGUGGAGGACCUUCAAAUCUAAUUUGAUGUCCAUGAAGCUUUUAUUUUGACAAGCAGAGGACACCACAUUUGUUAAAGAUGGAUGACAUUGACGCCAUGUUCAGCGACCUGCUGGGGGAGAUGGACCUCCUCACUCAGAGUCUCGGGGUGGAGAAUGAACCCCCAAAUGCCAUCACCAGUCCGCCCGAAGAAGUGAAUCUCUCCCCAGGCUUCACAGACCUGAAUGAGUCUCUCCAUGAACUGGAGGACGAUGACUUGGACGUGCUCAUGGCCGACUUAAUGGCCGACCUAAAUGCCACCGAGCUGAAGCUAGCCGUCGACAUAGAGAACCUGAAGGUUCCCCCGUCGUCCUCUGCUAGCCAGCCGCCACCGGCUACCCUCCCACCUGCGCCCCAGGGCCUGAGCUCCUACGACGCCAGCAUCCUCCCCUCCCCCGUCUCUUUGCAAGGCGAUGUCGGCACCCCUUCCCCUUCUCACCUGUCCCCACUGCCCCCGCCGCAGCAUGCCAAGCCCUCCAUGGAGGAGAUAGAGGCUCAGAUCAAAGCAGACAAAAUCAGGAUGGCCCUGGAGAAAUUAAAGGAGGCCAAAGUGAAAAAGUUGGUGGUGAAAGUGCUGAUAAAGGAUGGGAGUUCUAAAACUCUGAUGGUGGAUGAGAGGCAGAACGUGCGCGAUGUUCUGGACAACCUGUUCGAAAAGACACACUGUGACUGCAACGUUGACUGGAGCCUGUACGAGACCAACCCGGACCUGAACCUGGAACGUGGAUUUGAGGACCAUGAAAACCUGGUGGAGCCUCUGUCUGGUUGGACCAGGGACAGCGAGAAUAAGCUCCACUUUGAUGAGAGGGAGGACAAAUACGAAGUCUUCAAAAACCCUCAGAACUACUAUCUGUGGAAGAAGGACAAGCAGACACUGAAGGACAUGAGAGACAAAGACAAAGAGUUGCUGAUAGAGGAGAACUUCUGUGGGACGUCCAUAAAGGUGCCCGACCUGGAGGGGGCACUGUACCUGCGUGAGGAUGGCAAGAAGUCCUGGAAACAGAAACUCUUCCUCCUCAGAGCGUCCGGGAUUUACUACGCCCCCAAGGGAAAGAGCAAGACCUCCCGUGACCUGGUGUGUUUUGUGCAGUUUGACAACGUCAACGUGUACUACGCUAAGGACCUGAAGAGCAAAUACAAGGCCCCCACAGACUACUGCUUUGUUCUCAAGCAUCCUCAAAUCCAGAAGGACUCUCAGUACAUCAAGUACCUGUGCUGUGACGACCCCUGGACCCUGAAUUUGUGGGUGACCGGGAUCCGGAUAGCUAAGUACGGCGCCGCUUUCUAUGACAACUACAAGACCGCGGUGAAGAAGACGUCUACGGGCUCCGCUUGGGCCAACCGCAUCACCUCCUCCACCAGCUCCUCCCCCUCUCCCGCGCCCUCACCCUCCCUCAGCGAUAAACAUGCUAGCCAGGCUAACGGACAUGCUACCAAACCACAACCAGGUCCUGUGUCUCAGGACAUGGGGAUGGAUGCUCCACCUCCACCCCCGCCUCCUCCUCCACCACCACCACCAUCUUCUGGUUCCUUCCCACCUCCUCCCCCUCUUCAGACCAGCUCCCUCCCCCCUCCUCCCCCACUGACACACAGCUCCCUCCCCCCUCCUCCCCCACUCAUAACCGGCUCAUUCCCCCCUCCUCCCCCACUGACACACAGCUCCCUCCCCCCUCCUCCCCCACUGACACACAGCUCCCUCCCCCCUCCUCCCCCCAUGCAGACCAGCUCGCUCCCCCCACGUCUUCCCCCCCAGGCCCGACUCCCCCCAAAGCCCGCGUGUCGGGCCAAGCAGCCUCCGGGCCCCCUGCCCUCCCCGCUCCCCCCUCCGCCUCCCAUGGACAGCCUGCCUCCCCCGCCUCCCCCUCCCCCAUUCCCCGACGACGCCACCGAGGCCCCGCCCGACUUCUUGCCCCCCCCGCCGCCGAUGACCUCGGGCCCGGCCUCGCCCCCCGUCCGCCCGCCCGUGGUCGCCCCUCCCCCCAGGGCUAGCUUCCGGGGCGGCAGCAGAAACCAGAGUCUGCCCCCCCCGCCUCCAGACCCUGAGUUCCUCCCACCCCCACCCCCACCAAUCAGCAUUUCUUCUGGAGGAGGAGGCGGGGCGCCACCUCCUCCUCCCCCUCCCCCACCUCCUCCUCCCUCCGGCUCCUCGGGGAGGAAGACCGCCCCCCCUCCCCCCAGGAGGACUACUCCUGUGCUGGCCGGAAGAGGAGGAGGAGGAGGAGGAGGAGAUGGUGAGGAAGGCAACUUCAUGUCUGAACUGAUGAAGGCCAUGAAUAAGAAGCGAGGAGAAGACUGAGGUGGAGACUCAGAACGCUCCGAGUUAACGUCACUGUCGCAAGGAAACUAAAUCAACCUUCUCGUCAUGGCAGAGGCUGUGUUGAUGAACUGUUGUUGAACAUGAAUACUACUGUCGUACUACGAUCAAAGCUCAAUACAGUGUUUGGAAUCGAUCGCCAAUCUGCCAUUUUACUGAUGUGAACACACCGAUUCCAUUUCUUUUAAGUAUAUCGAUAUGUCUUUACUGUACAGAAUGAUAUUUUACAAACAAAAAUAGAAAGGUCUGAUGGAAAUCCUGCAUUCUGUCAUCCAAUCCUGCAUUCUGUUGAUUUAAAAAACGUUCAAGUAAAUAUGUUAAAUAAAGGAAUAAUCAGUGAUCUGAUAUAAAGAGGGAGGGGAUUCUUGUCGUCCAGCAAGUAGUCAGUCAGGAAGUCAAACUUUGUGAGGGCAUCCAGUGAAGCUGAAUCCAUCAUGUGAUUUUGUGGAGGGAGACCAAGCACAGAACAUGAAGUUCAACUAAUCCGUCUCGUCUAUUAUGGGAGGAAUUUUUAGGGGAAAUAAGCGGGAGGUAAUAUAUAUAUUUUUUUGAAUUAUUGGUUUAGUAUUUGUUCAAUUUCGAGUAUUGGAAUGUAUCUAGAUCAGCAAAGAAUGGUUUUUAUGUGUGUCUAUGAAAUAAUGGAUAUUGUUUUGAAUCAUUCAAAUUUAAAUUUGAUCUAUUAAAACAUAUAACUGCCAUGAAACAUUAUCAGUGUAAACUGUCAUAAUAUAGGCAGAGUAUUGUAAAUAGUGUAAAAUAUCCAUGUUUCUGUUAUACCUUGGAUCAAGUUAGAUUUGAACAGACAACAUGUCAAUGCGUUGUUAAAUAAAUAAACAUGUUAUGCUUCAUGA